AUGGACGAUCCAACUGGAAUUGCCUUCACGCCGGCUCUACACGUUGACGAAAUUGGUCUAACAUCCGAAAAGUAUAUUCCGAUCAAUGAAACCUUGACGAGCUUGCCUUUGCGCAUUUCUUUCGAUCGCAGCGACAUGCAUCAUCAGGCAACAACGAGCUCGACGGCAACGGCAGGUGGAUUGAGCCCAGCACGUUGGCGCUUGCUAAUGCACCUUUCGCAAGCGAUUGAACAGCAGACGCAGUUGGGUUUUGAGCAGUCCGAUAUUGACGAUGUUCGGCGACUUAUUGCGGAGACAAACGUGACCCUUUUGGCAAUAACGAUGCUAGCGAGUGCCCUACAUUUGUUGUUCGAGUUUUUGACAUUUAAGAGCGAGGUCAACUUCUGGAGCAAAAAUGAAGAUUUGACAGGUUUGAGUGUUCGUUCCUUAUUCCUUGAUAUGAUCGGACAAACGGUGAUACUUUUCUUUCUAAUCGACAAAGACAGUUCACUUCUAAUGACAAUUCCAAGUGCCUGUGGAUGCCUUAUUGCAUUGUGGAAAUGCCAGCGAGCGGCCGGUCUUCAAUCGCAACUAGCGUCUAUGGCCAGGAAAGAGAAGGAACAUUCGGCGGCGGCACGCAAGCAGGACCUCACAGCUUUGACAAUUGAGUCUGACCGAAUCGCUACACGGACGCUUGGAACGGUUCUCUUACCAUUCGUCGUCGGAUACACCCUUUAUUCGCUCGUCUUUGAGGAACACUUAGGCUGGUACUCCUGGCUGAUCACGUCGGCUUCAUCGGCUGUGUACGCCUUGGGCUUCGUGCUGAUGACGCCGCAACUUUUUCUGAAUUGGAAACUUAAGAGCGUUGCUCACCUGCCUUGGCGUGUGCUGGUCUACAAAUCAUUGAAUACUUUCAUCGACGAUCUCUUUUCCUUCAUUAUACGAAUGCCGACUAUGGCAAGAAUUAGCUGCUUUCGAGACGACGUUGUCUUUUUUAUCUACCUUUACCAACGUUGGCUUUAUCCUGUCGACGCAUCUCGGCCAGCGGAAGGUGGU